UUGAUUCCGACGUCCUGGGACCGAAUGUGAGCGUGUCGAUGCAGCGGUUCAUUGAGAAAAAUAAAUCCAUUCAGGAGACUCCACAGCAUCCCUGCGUCAGUGCUGACGAGCUCUGCCGAGACAUGAGCAUUGAAGACACUCCGUUUGUGCCAACAGUUACUGCAAUUUCCUCUACCCCAGAUUUCCAGUGGAUGGUCCAGCCUACGAUCAUUACAUCUGUCUCCCCGUCUCUGGGUAGCAAGCAAGCCAAUGAAGCACAAAGCUCUUACCAGGCAACACCCAAAGAGGGCGGGAAUAAGGGAAAAAAUGCAGUCAGAAAGGGAAAAACAGUGCAGCUGUCUCCAGAGGAGGAGGAGAAAAAGAAAAUCAGGAGGGAGAGAAAUAAAAUGGCUGCAGCAAAGUGUCGCAACAGACGGAGGGAGCUCACAGAUACUCUGCAAACUGAGACCGACAAGCUGGAAGAGGAGAAAGCAGCCCUGGAGACCGAGAUAGCCAACCUGCUCAAGGAGAAAGAAAGGCUUGAAUUUAUCCUGUCCACACAUAAACCAAUGUGCCAGAUGUCAGAGGAGCUGGAGUCUAUUUUCCAGGAGUCCACUGGAUCCCCGGGGCUACCACCCAGCCCAGACGAGGAUAGGCUCCCAGAGGAUGGCAUCCAGGAAGCCCCCUCGCUCCAGGACAUGGACAUCCCCAGUGAUCCGUCCAUAGCCAUCUCUGGGAACUCCAACAUCCUCCUGUGUGCAAGUGCUGAUAUCAACCUCUGCGAUCUGGAGCCCUCCCUGGACAUUAAAGAGGGGCUUCUGGAAAACAUGCUGCCUAGUUUGGAAGAUAAAACCCCCAUGGAGACGGCUCGAUCUGUGCCAGACAUAGACCUUAGCAGCUCUCUCGGGGUCUCGGACUGGGAGACCCUGUACAAGUCUGUUUCCAGCGACCUGGAGCCUCUCAGCACUCCUGUGGUCACCUCCACACCCACCUGCAGCAGCUACCUGUCUGUGUUCACAUUUGCGUGUCCCGAGCUUGACUCUCUCCCAGAGGGACUAGACAGUCAUAAAAGUGGUGGAAGCAAAGCUGAAUCUGUUGAUAUCCUUAACUCUCCGACUCUCCUGGCCUUAUAAUGCUCAGGGGGAAGUGAUCCGUCUCAUCUCUGUGGUUUUCUCUGUUCUGCAGGUCCCUGACUUUGAAAUGAUACCACAGUGUGCUGUAACACUUCAAGGACUCAUGAAAUGUCUUGUGUGUGAUGAAGCAAAACAUUUAAACUUCUCCAGAUAACUAGCCAACAGAGGGAUAUAGCGAAAAGCAUGGCUUUUGCUUUGACACGAGGGACAGGAGUAAGUUUUGAUUUUAAAACGCAUGCUGAGAAAUUCCAUAUAAUUUUCCAAGCUUAUAUAAAUCUGAUCUGUUGCUAGAUCUAAGAUGUAAUGUGGGACUUAAUGUUACAGUAUGGUUUCGUGUUUUGGUGUCAAUAGUGUAUUGAUUACUGUAAAUGUUGUAUUUACAUAUUCAUCCAUGUUUGAGUACCUGCAUACCUCAAUGUCAUCAACUGUGGUUUGACCUCGUUGAAAGUUUUCCAUGAAAACAUCCAGUGCUAUAUACUAUAUAUAUAAAUAUAUCUUAUCAAGAUGUAACUUAUGAUUUAUUUUUUUACCUUUCAGAUUUUGACUUAUUUGUUAAAUUUGAAAAUGAUUGAAAUGAGCAUUGAUUGCUUAUUAAUGCUGCUGAAUAAUUACAAUAAAUCUACAUUCAGAGUGA